AUGUAAAAACAAUAAGAAUAGUAAUAGCCAAAAUUGACUUUAUAGGAUUAUGAAAAAAGAUAAAUUGAUAUAGAUUUUACUAAUAUAGAGAAAGAGCUGGAUUAAUGCAAAUAACGGAUUGAAUUAAAUGAAUAAGAUUUAGAGGCAAUGAUAAAAUUAGGAUUAAUUUAUAUUAGAUAUUAUAAAGAUAAAAAGAAUAGUUUGCAAUAUUUUGAAAGAGUUCUCAAAAUUGAUGAAAGAGAUAUAGAUGCACUGCUAGGCAAAUGCUACUGCAUUUUAGAAGAUAAAAAAAAAACUGAAUUCGAGUAAUGUUAAUCACUUAUUGAUAAAUGUUUUUCCCAAAAGAUAAAGUACUGGAGAAUAUAUUACUAUUAAUCUAUGCUUUAUUAUCUAAUGUAUAAAGAUUAUCUUAGCAAAAAGUUUAUAAUGAAGGCACUGAAACAUAAACCAAAGCAGUAUUUAUCCCUUUCUCUUCUUGCACUAAUACAAAGUGAAUUUUCUUCUGAAAUAGAACAGUCUAAAUGUAUUAUUGAUAACCUUGUUACAAAUCCCUAAGAUUUUAAAUAUGACUUUUCUGUAUUUUAUAGAGCAGGAAAGAUUUACGAAAAGCUCAAAGAACCUAAUUAGGCAAUAUAAUUCUUUUUUGAAUCAUGUAAAUAUAGAUAUAAUUAUUCUUAAGCUUAUAAAAUGGUAAGUGAUAUUUAUUCUAACCAACUAAAUGAUUUUGAAAAGGCAGAGCAUUAUGCAAAUUUAGCUAUUUAAUUAGACCCUUAAAAUGAUGAAGCAUACUUGAGUAUGGGCGAAAUCAAGGAUAAAUAAAACAAGAAAGAAUAAUCAUUGGAAUAUUUUUUUAAAGCUAUAGAAAUAAAUCCUCAAAAUGAAACUGCAUAUAUUUUGAUACUUGAUAGGUAUGAGUAAAUGGGUUAUAAAAGAUAGGAAUUUCAUGACUUAUGCACUCAAUUUUAUAAGAACAAUCCUUAUUCUGCUGACGCUAGUUUUGAGAUGGCUUAUUCACUUUCAACCCAAAAAGAUUUUUAUCCAGCUUUAAAAUACUAUAAAAAAUCUCUUAAUUCUACUUGCUAUGUUGAUAUUUACAACAAUAUAGGAAAUGUGUAUUUUUAACUUAAAGAUUUAGAAGAAGCAGAACACUACUUUCUUAAAGCCCUACAGUAGGACCCUAAUGAUUUACAAUUCAAUGAAAACUUAAAUAUUGUAGCUGAAUACUCAAAACUAGUAAAUGAAGGUUUUGAUCCCUUUGAGUAUAAUAGUGAUUAAGAAGAUGAUAGUGAUGAUGACGAUGAAGAUGAUGUAUAAAAUCAAGAAGAAGAACAAGAGCAAGAACAAUAAGAAGAAGAAAAAGAUUAAGAAAUCAAUCAAGAAAAUAAUAAAAAAACAUGA